GAUAAUAAUCCUUUGAGAUGGUGGAGUGAGAAUAAACAUUUGUUUUCUACAAUGUCAAAACUUGCAAGGAAAUACUUGUCAAUUCCGGCCUCUUAUGCUCCUAAUGGAGGGCUAUUUCCGGAUGAAAGAAAUCAUUAUUUAGAUCUUGAUAUUUUUAAUUAUCAU